AUGGAGUCCGGGUCGCAUUCUCAACUCACCCACGCGGGCGCAGUCCCUGCCGGACUAGAAAACGCCCUGCCAGCGCCACGAUGCAGCGACCUCGAGGCCAAGAGGUCCAAAAGCGAUGUUGGCUGGCGCCGCGUUGUGCGAGACUUUACCCCAGCGUGGUUCUCGGUAAACAUGGGAACUGGGAUAGUCUCUCUUCUCCUUAACACCCUACCAUAUAAUGGUCCCUGGCUGUACUACAUCUCCAUCGUCGUCUUCGUUCUCAAUGUCGUGUACUUUGUCACUUUUUGUGUUGUCGCGGCUCUACGAUACACCCUGUAUCCCGAAAUAUUCAAGGCGAUGAUCACUCAUCCUGCGCAGUCGAUGUUUCUAGGCACGUUUCCUAUGGGGCUAGCCACGAUUAUCAACGUGUUCUGCAACAUAUGUGUGCCAGCAUGGGGCGACGGUGUAGAGUACUUUGCCUGGGCUUUGUGGAUCGUGGACGCGGCGCUUUCCGUAUCAACAGCAACCGUCGUGCCAUUCAUAGUGAUGACGCGCAAGAACGAAAUCAGCUUAUCUUCAAUGAACGCUGCUUGGCUUCUACCCAUUGUCUCGUGCAUUGUCGCUGCAGCCUCCGGGGCCGUCGUGGCAGGCGUGCUCCCCAAUGCGCAGCACGCUCUUUGGACUGUCAUGGUCAGCUACGCGCUCUGGGGAAUGGGUGUUCCACUCGCAAUGAUGGUCAUGGCCAUUUACCUGCAGCGACUUCUUCUCCACAAGCUUCCGCCUAAGACGGUUCUCGUCAGCGUGUUCUUGCCUCUGGGUCCUCUAGGCCAGGGCGGUUUCGGUAUCCAAAAGCUCGGCGAAUGUAUCCUAAGCAUCUUCCCCGAAACCCAAUCACUCCAUGGCUCCGCAGGGCUCAUCUUCUACGAGGGCGGUUUUAUCAUCGGCCUGAUAAUGUGGGCAUUCGGGCUCAUCUGGCUCUUUUUUGCCGUUGCCUCUCUCAUUCGGGCCCGGAAAUUCCCCUUCAACUUGAGUUGGUGGGGACUAACUUUUCCGCUCGGCGUGUAUGCGAUGUGCACCUGUCAGUUGGGGAGAGAGUUGCCGUCGACAUUUUUUACGAUACUUGGGACUAUAUUCUCCGUCACGGUCGUGCUCCUAUGGCUCUUUGUCAGCUUCCACACGUUUAGAGGGAUUGUACGAGGCGAUAUCUUUGUCGCGCCAUGUCUGGCGGAUUUGGAAAGGAAGAAAAGGGAAGAGGCCCUAAGGAAUUAA